AUGCAACGCCCUGAUGUCGAGAAAGACCAGUUCUGGGACGAUCUGCAGUCCGUCUGGGACACGCUGCCAGCGCGCGAGCCUGCGUGGAUUUUGGGUGACUUCAACGCUCGCAUUGGUCUAAACACUGAGGCUGCUCCUUCUCCAGCUGCGGAAGGCGUACAUGGACCGCAUGGCCUUGGUCAGCGCAACGCUAAUGGGGAUCGUUUUCUCCAUUUCUGCUCUGAAUCUCACCUCAAGAUUCUCAAUACUUUCUUUGCGCAUUCAGUGGAUGAGCUCACGAGCUGGGUUCACAGACGAUGGGGCACGCAAGGCAUGAUUGACUACGCAGUCGGCCGGGCGACAGACUGGUGUUUUGUUCUGGACACUCACUCACUUCCACGUGCAGAAGUCAACAGUGAUCAUCGCCUCAUGGUUUUGAAGUUGCGAGCAGCUCCAGGUCGGUAUGUACGGCAGGCCUUGACAGCUACUCGUGACACCAGACUACCACGUUUGUGUGUUGCCAAACUUCAGGAUAAGGACACCUGCGCUGAGUACGUCCAGCAGGUGGAGCGCCUGCGACAGGGCGCGCCUAGUAGUUUCCCUGCGCUGUCUCGGGACUUGUACCAGGCUGGAGUUUCUGUUUUGGGCAACGCGCAGAGCAGCGCUUCGGACUGGCGUGAUGGGCAUGAAGAUGCACUUCGGGCUAUAGCGGUGCGACGUCAGCAGGCUCUGGAUGCCCUUCAACACUCACCUGGCUCUCAGGCAUGCUUGCAGGAACUUCGGGAUGCUCGUCAUGCCUCACGUCGUGUUGUUCGUGACCUUAAGGCUCGGUGGUGGUCCAGUCGACUACAGCGCCUAGAGGCGGCUGCUCGCCGCAAUGACGCGGCCACUGCCUUUAGUGAUGCUAGAGAAAUGGGCCGCCUGCUUCGAUCACAAGGUGUUUCUGUGGAACCGCUGGCUGCGUCACCUGACGCCGACCUGGCUUCCAAAGCUGCUCAUUUUCAGGCUGUUUUGAAUGUGAGACGCCCGGUGUCUCCGACCAUAUGGGAUGCAAUUCCGGACUUGUCUUCAGACGCGGCUGACAUCUCUUGGGCUGAGCCAACAGAGCAUGAACUUCGGCGCACCAUCAUGCAGCUGUCUCACGGCAAGGCUCCCGAUGCUACUGGUGUGCACGCCGAGCUUCUGAAGGCGCUUGUUAAAACCACAGACCCUGCUGGUGACGCCGUUGUCGCUGAAUUUCACGCCUUAGUCCAGAGACUGUGGCGUGGAGAAGUGCUAGAUGUGAGCACAUGGCACACCUCGCUGUUGUUCUCCAUCUGGAAGGGCCGUGGGCUGAUCUCAGAUCUCGAUGGACAUAGAGGAGUGGUACUCUUAGAUGUGCUCAAUAAAGUGGUGUGUAAAAUGUUGGCUUCACGCUUGUCAGAGCUUGCAGAAAAACAUUGUGCUGAGUCCGAGACUGGAUAUAGGCGUGGUCGGAGCUGCACUGACUCGCUUUUCAUGAUGCGACGGCUCUUCCAGGAGUGGUCUGGCUCUCGUCCGACCCAAGCUGCUGCGAGAUCCAUCGAAGGACCAGUGCUGUUUUUGAUAUACUUUGCGGUCGUGCUGAAGGUAUGGCGCCAGCGCUGCGAUGCUACCCUUGGUACCAACCACGGUGUCCCUUGGCAGUCAGUAGUUGAUGGCACUCUUCGGUUGCCGACUUACAUACGCCGCUGUGCUUCACGAGAGCAUCGUUUUCGCGAUUCGGUCUUUGCAGACGAUACAGCUAUCUUUGCUACGAACUGGGAUGACUUCUGUCAAAUGUCGGAGCUUUUCAACAGCACAUUGCGCGACAUGGGUGGCCAUCUUAAUGCGAGCAAGACAGAAUGGCUUGAGCUGCGCUCCUUUGCUAGCAUUCCUGACGCUGCUCCGUUGCCUGGUACCAAGAUACUGACAAUUGCUGGACAUCAUAUUAGCAAGACUGCGCAGUUCAAGUACCUGGGAGCUAUCUUGGGGGUGGAUCGCACCUGUGGCGUUGAUGCUGAUGUGCGACGCCGAGUGAGUCUUGCUCAUGCGGCUUUUUCUAAGCUUAGGAGAGCGCUGCGCCUGAAGUACGCGGACAUGCAGACACUUCGUCUUGACAACGAUGCGUUGCUGGCAAGACUAGGAGUGCCGAGUGUUUUCACUCUGCUCGCUCGUCGGGCGCAAUGGCUUGGGCAUGUGGCCAGACUACCUCCGCAUCGACCUGCGCACGCUGCCCUGUUCGGCACAAUCCCAGAUCGCACCCUUCCGUCAGCCGUUGAGAUUGGGGCCCCCAGUCAUCACUACACCGGACGAGCCAAGGUGGUGAUCAGGACACUUCCGCUAGACAACUGGCAGCUAUGGUCCAGAAAGGCUCAGGACAGAGUGGCCUGGCAUAGACUUGUGGAGCAGAUCAAAGUUGCAGCUCUUGGUCGCCAUGCUCCCCGUGCUAACAGGGCCAGAGUCCACGCUCCAGGGGGUGUCGCUUUGCAGGUGGUUGCUUUUCAGUGCCCGCUCUGUCCUUACAGGGGUCGAAACUCACAAGUCAGCUUGGGUGACAUACCCGAGAACAGUGUCUUGGACGAGCCAACUCUGGCGCGGUACUGCGUGAUGGUCGCUACAAGCUACCGUGCCCACAUUGUGGGCAUGAGUUUGACACCAAGCGUGCCUUGGGAAUUCACCGGCAUCGCCAGCAACAUUGAUCCCGAUGCAGUUUUCUUCUUUUUAGCAUAG